AUGGGAAAGACACUUCGAAACCUCUGCAUUGCGUCAACCAACGACUUCCCUGGGGACAAGAACGACAAGAUCAAAGGAUGGAUCGAGCAUAAUGGCGGGAUCUUCUCCAAGGACAUGUCGGCGAAUGUGACGCACCUGCUCGCUUCACAGAAGGCUUGGAAGAGAUAUCAUCCGCUAGUGCGAGAAGCACGUCGCCUCCGCACCGUCCAAAUUGUCCGACUUGAGUGGUUGGAAGACAGUCUGCUCGGCAAGUCGAAGCGGCCACUCGAGACAGCACAGUACGCAUUCGAGCAGCGGAAACUUCCCACGGUCAAGACGAAAACCACCCGGAAAAGGAAGGCCGCCGCUGCUGCUGACGAUAGCGCCGACAACCCGGCAAAGAAUACAGCAGACGAGAAACGUACAGCCGGACACAGAGCAGCGCAGGUGAAGAGAGGCAAACCAAGCGACAAGCAGCAGGCAAAGAAGAGAAAGAUCGGCAAGAAAAUGGACAAAGCGAACAUGGCAGAUGUGGAGGAAGAAGACGUCGUUCUGAACAAAGACGAACAGAUUGAGAUUUCUGGCAAAGAGUUCGACGCCGCAUGCGCCGAGUUUGAGAAGGACAUAGGUGUCCUCGGCUACCGCCCAUUUGUGGACAACAACGGAACGGUGUUUCUCGUCACCCUGGUGCGAAAGGAUAUCUUGAAACACCGGCUGGAAAAACACCGUCUCAAGGUGCGUUAUGCACCUUCAUUUGGCUGCCACCAUACCACAUACUAUCCGAUGUUCCCUGAAAACCCCGAUCGCCGUCGCAAGAUCUCGGACGACUCUUUGCCUUCGGGCAUAGAGGAAAAGUAUGCGUCGUCGGGACCUGGCAAGAGUACUGCAUUUGAAGGACUGGAUAUUUGGGGAUCCAGAGCCAGUCUGCCCCCUUGUCCCGUGCCUCUGUAUUACUUCCCCGAGCAAUCUGCCUAUUCUCGUUACCCGGUUGUUGCAAGUUCUCUUCCCCGAGCUCUCCGACCCUCCAACCCGGCACUUCGUGUUCAUAUUCCCGAUCCAUGGGCUCAGGCAUUACAGCUUUUCGAAUACGAUCCCGCACUUGCGAGCAAAUCCGCCGAGAAUGCUGCGGGCGCCAAACCGCAGCGGCCGAAAUUCAAGUCGUACGCCUGCUAUUUCAUCUACACCCGACCCGGCCAACGACACGUCCAGAUGCUUGCGCCGCCCGGAAGCACGUUCGACUUUGCAUGGGACAUGUUCCGCAAGUUCUUCAAGAAGCGAGUCGGGGUCGACUGGGAAGAUCGCGAAACUGCCGCGCAACGCUCACAGACCAGCCCGGACGACUCCAAAGGCGAGGACGGAGCUACCGACCGCAGAUGGGAGUUUUGGGGCCCAUUGAAGGCAAAGCUGAAGGAAGAGGGUGCAUGUGCAGUUGGGGAGGAAAAGCUACUACCAAGUGUGACGGUAGUCAUGAACACAUCGCACAUGGCAGCGACAGGAGGAAUCGACGCCCGGGCGAAGACUCCAGAUGGCGGAUGGUGA